GCCUGGCUUAAGCUUGUUCGUCGUUCACCCUUUCUCUAUUGUCCGUUUUUGAGUUAAGAAAUAUGUUUCUUUACUUAGAAUAAAUAUUCUCCAAGAAAAGUGCUGGUUGUGCGUCCAUAUGAAGGAAACACUGAUGAUGUAGACAAGACGACGGAUGGGAUUAAUGAGCAGACUGAGAACAUGAAGCAGGUUCAGGAAGCUUUGCCAAACCCCAUUAAAGCAGCUCCCGACUUUGAUGAGGACGAAUUGGAAUCUGAACUCGAGGAGUUGGAAGGAGCUGCGUUGGAGGAAUAACUUCUACAACCUGCAACCCAAACUCAGGUUCAAAUCAAGGUUAAUGGUGAAUUUGUCAGAUGCUCAAAACAGAGAAAAAAUUCUCAAAGUUAUAUUGGAAAAAGAAGAUAUGGCAGUUGAUGUGAAUUUGGAUGUUCUUGCAAAAAUGACAAAUGGAUAUUCAGGAAGCGACUUAAAGGUUUGUUCUAUAAACAUUGUUGUCUUAGUUCCUCAUGUACUCUUCUCUCGUGCCAAGUCUUCAAUGUUGUAAGUUUUGCAAGUUACAAUGUAGGAAGUUUCUGUGAACUCAGCAAGUUUUUUAACUUAGAAUUUGAUACUUACAAGAAUUUGGUACUUAGAAGAAUUUAUGUUCUUCUUUGAUUGAAAGUUAUAUGAAUUGAAUG